AUGCAAACCCAUGCAUCACCAUCGUCUACUCAAAGAUAUAAAACACCAGCCGAAAAGGCGGCGGAAAAAGAAAAAAGGCAGCGAGAAAAAGAACAAAGAGCCGCAGUACUCUUAGCUGAACAAAAAGAACGAGAACGUAGAGCAAUGGAAAAGGCAGCUGAGAAAGCUGCCGAAAAAGAGAAGAAGGAAGCUGAACGAAAAGCAAAAGAAGCUGCUAAAAAAGAAAGGGAACGUCUAAGAGAAGAGCAAAAACGAAAGAAAGAAGAAGAAAAGCGAAAAAAAGACGAGGAGCAAAAGAAAAAAGACGAGGCUCAAUCAAAGAUGAAUCUAAUGAAUUACUUUUCUCCUAUCAAAAAAGAACCUCCAAAAGAAGAGAAAGGAGUGACUCACGAUGAUCCAAAACUCGCAUCAUUCUAUAAUCAUUUCCGGCCUUUCGAAGUUAAGUUAACGAUGACAAUGGCGCCCAUAAACAGAUUCGAGCAUUCUGCCUCUAAAGAUUUUAAUGCUUCAUUAUUUGAUGGAUCUUCACCUAAUUUCUCCGAAAUCCCGCUUAAAACAGCCGAACAUAAUGAAAAUUUAAGAAAUUUUUUAUCAAUAGUUAAUAAAAAAUUAUUGAAGAAACGAGGUGCCCGAAAAGUGAUUUCUGUAAAAGAUUUAAUGCAAGGACGACUUGGUAGCUCUGCACCAGAGCCUGUUGUUGCUAAUAUGGAGAUUGACACCAAAGCUUGCGAUCCGGCUGUUGCAUCUUCAACUGAUAAUGACAAAAUGACAAUGGACAGUGAAGUUGAGUCGUCAUUUAUAGGAGAUCCUUCCGAUGUGUUGAAAGAUUUAAGCAAAAUAAAAAUGAAAUUGUUGCAAUUCUAUGAGGAUUUUUAUAGACCUGCGUAUUAUGGUACCUGGACCAAAAAAAGUAAAGCGAUUUCAGGUCGACGACCAUUUGGGCGAGACACCGAUCUCCUAAAUUACGAAUAUGAUAAAGCUUUUUCGAGCUCUGAAGAUGAGGAUGAAGAUGACUGGCUUGUUCCUGAAGGUUACCUUUCGGAAGACGAAGGAAUGCAAGAAUCUGAUGCAAUGUCAUCGGAAACGACACCCACAAGGCCGCGUCAUUCUAAGAAGAGUAAUCAAGAUCAUCAUCAGAGGAGGCCAAAGAUAGUACAACCCUUAAAAUCUAUUGCAGUGGGAUCUCUCUUCGAAGACGAGUUUGGUGACAAAAAUCAUCCGCUUGCAGAAUACCAAAUGUUGAUACUAACAAAAGAUUCACUACCCUUGAAUCCAUUUGCUGACACACAAGUUAUUCCAAAUGAAACAUCUUCGACUUUGCCCAUAGUUAUUAAAUCCAAUAUUAAAGGAAAGGGAAGAGUAAAGCCUAAAGAGUCUAAAAUUAACAAAAAUAAUAUGGAGGAUAGUUUUACCACUACUGCUGCGGCCCAUACUAUCCAUGAGGCUGAAAAUUCGAUCUCCCAGAGUAAACCCAAAACGGCUUCUAAUUCAGGGCCCAGGCAGACAAUGUCAUCGGCAUUAACAUCGUCAUUAUCUCAGUUUGCCAUCACUGACUUCCGAUCUGUGAAUAGGAAAAAUGAAUCAAAUUCGAUAAACUCAAUGAUGUUUACCUGGGCAUUAUCACCUCCAAAAACUCCGAAUACUGUGGAUAUGGUUACCAGGUUAGAAGUUAAAUCUUGUGUACCAAAAAGCAAUAAACCGGAUUCAACAUCUGAAAUUCAAGAUGACGCAAUUACAUUUUCCGGAACACCUGUAACAAAUGUUUCAUCGUUACCAAUGCGCACCACGGAUUUGAUUGCUGAUGAUUCAAACAAAAGAAAAAGGGAUAAGGAAGGACAAUUAUUAAAUCAAAAUGCUAAUUCAUCGUCUGCAAAGAAAUUAAAAAAAUUACCAGAAGAUGAAACGGGAAUUUCAACAGUUGCAACAGAAACGAUAACGACAACAACGAAAGAAACUAUGUUCAUUGAUUAA